AUGGCGAAUUACUCAAAUUUAAUCUUUCUUCUUGUUCAAUUGCUACUCGUUCAAUCCGAUGAUUCUAGUCCGAAUGGCUUAUCCCAAAAACUACUGACGACAAGAAAACGACGAGAAAUAUUGUACGCAUCUGAUCAGAUUCCGGCAGGGAAACGAUCACCAUUGUUGAAUUUAAAAACAAUUUUUCAACAGAGUGAUUUUAAAAGUCAAACAAAGAUUAUUCCAAAUUUUGACCCCAACAACGUUCAUGCUGAAUAUCAAAGGUACGAACAAGCAAUACAAAUGGCUCACAGAAUUUCAGAAAGCUACCGUCAAAAACAUCAAGCAGACGCUUGUGCCUAUGCAGUAUUGGGACCUUGGCAACUAUGUGGUGAUCCAUCAAACAGCUGGUGCUGUUCCAUCAACGGAAAUUGUGGAACCGUUUCUGAUAAAUGUGGAAUGGAAGCUAUUACCAAACGAGCUAUAUAUAUUGGCGUAGGCCUUGCUGUAGGAGUUUUUCUAGUUCUUGUGGGUGCGGUAAUAUGUCAUAUUGCCAUUGAAGAAGGAUGGACCUCCCUACAAAUAGAUCGAUCAACAAGAUUGUUGCGUACAGAAAACUGGAAUUCAUCACUUUCAGAACCAGAAAAAUUGAUCGGAAAUACGGAGCAAAAGAACUCAAUAGUUUCAGUCAAAUUACAACCAUCAGACAACAUUAACUGUAAUGACUGGGCAGCAGUAAUCAUAGCCGCACAACAUAUCCCAACAUUACUACCUUCGUAUGAUGACGUGAUACAACAAAAUUCAGUAACAAUUAUGAUAGAUCAACCGUCGGUACUUCCUCCUACCUACGAAGAUUUCCAUCAAAAAAACAAUUAA